GGUCCGCGUACAGUCAAUAGUAUAGACAAGUUUCAGUCCACUUGAGCACAUUUAUGUUUUGAGACGCGCACGCAAGCUACACUCCAAGCGUGUUUUAUUUCUUCAUUCGUCAUCAUUCAAUAGCUAAAUAACACAAAUAACGCGCAAGCAAACAAAAAACCAGCGCUGAGCAGCUGCUUGUUCGACUGCUUUGCCGCCUUAGCGAGUUGUAGACGACGACACGUUUUUCAGUGUGUCUUUUACCUUACGGGAGAGUUGGCUUAGUGAGUUGAGUUGGUGCCGAAACGGAAACGCAGACUUGCAUAAGUCAUUGGAUUUAUAAAUAAACGAUCGCUUGUGUUGUAAAGAAAAGCGUAAAUACAUAUACAUUAAUAUAUAUACAAUACUGAAAAAUAUUAAAACUGUGAAAGUGUUUUUGUGCGCGUAAAGUUGCUUAGACAUCACAAAAGACGAGCUUCAAGCUCGCUAUACCAAUAGGUGCUUUGUAAACUUAUACCCAACAGCGUCAAGUACGAGCCAUUUUAAAAAUGUCUAAGCCACAGCCUAUGGAAAUGUCCAAUAUGGAUAUAGAUUUUCACGAGCGUAAAGCAGAGCCCUUUAAAAUGGGUCGAUUUAUCUUCAAUUCAGAGGAGGGUACCGUAAUGGGACGUGAUCGUGCCUCUUGGGCAAAGAUCGGCAUCUUCUACACAGCUUUCUAUGGCGUAUUAGCCGCACUGGUGGCCAUUUGCAUGUGGGUAUUCUUUCAAACGCUAGAUCCGCGCAUACCCAAGUGGACAUUGGAUAGCUCCAUAAUCGGCACAAAUCCAGGUCUUGGUUUCCGUCCGCUGCCACCAUCGGACAAUGUUGAGAGCACAUUGAUUUGGUACAAGGGUACGCAACAUGAGAACUACAAACACUGGACGGAUUCGUUGGAUGAGUUCUUAGCGGUCUACAAAGUGCCUGGCCUUACACCUGGCCGUGGUCAGAACAUCUACAAUUGUGACUACAAUCAACCGCCACCAAAGGGUCAGGUUUGCGAUGUCGACAUUAAAACAUGGAAUCCUUGCACCAAGGAAAACAAUUACAGCUACCACAAGAGCUCACCAUGUGUUUUCUUGAAGUUGAAUAAAAUCUAUGGUUGGAUACCGGAAUAUUACAAUGACUCCAAGGACUUGCCCGAUAACAUGCCAACCAGCUUGAAAACUUAUAUUGGUGAAAUGGAGAAGACGCAAAAUCACAAGUUAAACACCAUUUGGGUUUCAUGCGAAGGCGAGAAUCCAGCUGAUCAAGAGAAUAUCGGUCCCGUCAACUACUUGCCAAUUCGUGGCUUCCCUGGCUACUUCUAUCCUUACCAGAACUCAGAGGGUUAUCUUAGCCCACUCGUCGCUGUGCACUUCGAGCGACCGAAGCGUGGCAUCAUCAUCAAUAUCGAAUGCAAGGCUUGGGCACGCAAUAUUUUGCACGAUCGCAAGGAGCGACUAGGUUCCGUGCACUUCGAGUUGCUGAUCGAUUAACAGAGUGUGGGAAAAAUGUUCGACGUUUACAACAACAACUAGAGAGCAAUAAGCGCGUUGGCAAACGCUUAUGUCACACACGAGCAUCAUAGAUUUUUUCAGCCAGCUGUCUUGUAUACACACACACAUGCAAGCAUACAUUUUAAAACAAAAAUGAAAUCAACACAAAUUAUAUAUAUAUAUAUAUAUAUACCAAGGAGCUAUGCAGUCGAACGAUUACUCGCUAAUACAAAACAUACAACAAACACAAUCCCACAAACAUAUGUAUACAGACAAACAAACAUACAAAAGUAUAUGUAACAUUUAGUAUAAUAAAUUACGAGACAAUUGUUGGGUUCUAUAGUUAUGUAAAUUUCUUGCUAAUUUUCUUUUUUCAUUUAAUUUUAUUUAAUUUAAAAAUGUCAUUUCUGUUAGUUUGUAUGAUGUCUUUGUUUAGCUUUUAAGCAGAUAAUAUAUUAUAUAUAUAUUGUAUGUACAUAUAUAUAAAUAUAUAUAUGAAUAUGUAUAUGUAACUAAGUUUAAGUUGAAAAACAAAAAUUGAGCGAAUUAUAGUAAAAUAACCAAUAAAUAAUACCAAAUGUAUGUAUUUUAGAACACUUUGCAACAGUCUAGCGCCAAGCAUACAAUUAUACCUACAUAUAUACAAACGUAAAAGUAUGUAUAUGCCACAAAUUUUUGACAAUCUUUUUCCUGUUUUAGAUAAAUCGUACAUAAUCGAACAUAAAGAUAAGUAACCGGAAGCUACAUAUACAAGUAUACAUACAUACAGACCGUUUUUCGAAAUCUGCAGAGUAUAACAAAAAAAAAUUUUUUUGAGGAGCAAGUAAAUGCUUGAACGGAGACAACUCAUCCAAAUGCACAGCCAAAGUAUAUUUCAAUGCAUUACCAACACAUCUACCAACAAAUAUUGCUUACGUACACACAUAUGUGUGUAUAAACUUGUAUUUUAAGUUAACUGCCAUUCACAUGUCGACAAGCUGUAGUAUAACGCAUAAAAGUAUGCUAAUAUAUUUAAAACUACAUGCGAGAAAAAUAUUUCAUAUGUCAGAAAAAAUAAUGGGAAUUUCAAAAUGAAAAAAAUAUAUUCAAAUAUUUAAUAAUAUUAUAAUAUUAUCAAAUAUCGAAUUAUCGAGUAUUUAAUAAUAUUAAAAUAUACCGUUAGAGGAGCCUGCUGCUAAUCUUUUUCAAAAAAUUUUAUGUAUUUCGAUAUUUGGCUUUAUUUGCCAUGUUUUCAAAAUAAUUACGAAAAUAAACUGAUUUUUUGUUUUCGAGAGAAUUUCUGAAACGAUAAAAAUAAACUGAUUUCUGAAUAAAAAAUAUAAUAAGUAUUUAAAGAUUUCGAAAUAAGUUUGAUUUUUAAUUUUGCUAUACUAGAACGCAUGCAAAGUAUGCUAAAUACUAUACUGAAAAAAACAAGCGAGAAAAAAUUAAAAAAAUGCGAGAAAAACAUUUACUUAGUCAGAAAAAUUAAUGGUGAUUACAAAAUGAAAAAAGUGUAUUAGAACAAUAACGUUGUUCUUUAUACAAUUGUGGGAGUUCUGCUGACAAUAGUUUUCGAAAAUAUUUUUUAAGUCUUUCAACAUUUUUUAUUUAAAAUAAACCGAUUUUUAAAACCGUCUUCGAAAAGCCUGAGAAAUCAUAGAAAUAAACAGAUUUUUCAAUAAAACCAUGUUAAUGUGAAUUUCAGAGUCUUGAAAUAGGAUUGAUCUAUAAUUUUCAACGUAUUAUUUGGAGAUUUUCUAGAAAUGAGUUUGUUCUAUAUUCCAAUCAAGUUCUAACGGUUUGAGUUCAACAUACCUGUAGGAGAUCAAGCCUUACACAUUGAUGGACUAACCCACUAACUGUUGAAAUUAAGUUUUGAAUUAGUACUUUUUGCAGUAAUAACUCGAGUUAACGAAACGUUGUAAUGACACGGCAGCAAAAGUUUUCAUAACACAAAUUCGAAAAUUAUUCAAACAAUCUGGAUUAAAAUAAAUCUCUAUUUAAAAUUCGAGAACAUUUUUUUUUAAUUUUGAAUGCUGAAAAGAAAUUUUGAAAUUGCCUAACAUUUUCAGUGAUGAAAAGAAAAAAACUUAGGUUAUGAAAAAUUUCGGGAUCCCGAUAUGAGUUAGCCUUAAAUUUAAAAAAUGCUUUAUUAGUUUAUUUAAAAAUUGAGUUAAAUAAAAUUUUCGGUUGUUAAAAGAGACGAAAUUUAAAUUUUGAAAAAUUUCGGGAUCCCGAUAUUCCUCUCUUAACCUCUUAAAAUUGUUUUAUAAAGCAUUUUCAGUGCUUAAACAACUGAGAAUUAAGUUUUGAAAAUUUCAGGAUCCAGAUAUGAGUUUUAAAUUUUAAAAAUUGUCUUAUAUAACACUUUCAAUGGCAAAAAGAGAAAAAAAGUAAGAUUGAUUGAAGAAAAUUUUCGGAAUCCCAAAAUUUGUAAGCAUUGAACUUUAACAUUUGCUUUAUAAAGCACUUUCAGUGCUGAGAAUAAGGUUUUGAAAUUUUCGGGAUCCCGAUAAGAGUUAGUCUUAACUUUCAAAAAUUGUUUUGUACAAUAUUUUCAAUGGCAAAAAGAGACAAAUUUUAAGAUUGAUUGAAGAAAAUUUUCCAGAUCGCGAAAUUUACAAGCACUAAACUUUAAAAUUUUUUUAUAAAGUUUUAAAAAUUUCGGGAUCCCGAAAAACGUUUACUAUUAAAGUAAAAAAUUGUUGCAAAGUACAUUUAAAUAAAUUUUAUGACGAAUGAAAUAUUUUUUAAUGUAUGUAGGUAUGUACAUAUGUUAUAUGCAUAAAUGCAUUUUUCCUUUAAGAGAUGUGCAUAAACUCGAAAACGAAAAAAUUUUCACUAAAACACCUGCAAAAAAGUAAAGACAAAUGUAUACAACGGUAAUGUCAGCGUUUUUGUUUUUGUAAACUAAUAAUUAAUUUGCUAGUUUUAAAAUUAAAUAUAAUAAUUAACCCUAUAGAAAACGAGCAACCGCCACACGGGCCACUACAACAAGCAAACACACACAACAACAAAAAGAGAACAACAACAAAUAACUUAGCGGUAAAGCAGCAUACACCUAGCAAUGUACAAGUAGUUCAAUCCAAAAUAAAGAAAAACAAAAAAGCUAAUCAUAAUAAUUAAACUAACUCAUUGACAAGCAACUAUUGUAAGUUAAGCAGUUAUAAAUAAUA